ACACACACGCACAGUCAGCCAGUGCAUCUUCACUCUGACCUGCUGUCUCUUGGAAAAAGAAGAUCACACAACCAGCUUUGCAAAUGGCAAUCACUGACAUUCUCGCUGCUUCUGACAUCGAUUCUGCUAUCUCGCAAUUUAGUGCUCCUGAUUCACUCAACUUGAAGAAGUUUUUUGAGGCAUCUGGUCUCUCCAGGAAAUCUGCAGACGAGGUGGCAAAGGUCUUCGAGAUAAUGGACCAGGAUAACAAUGGCUUCAUCGAGAAGGAGGAGAUCAAGAAGUUCCUUCAGUUUUUCUCCUCUCGUGCCAGAACACUGACCGAAGCUGAGAUCCAGAUUUUUAUUGCAGCCGGAGACAAGGACAGCGAUGGCAAAAUUGGGAUAACUGAAUUCCAGCGCAUGGUAAGUGCAUGAAAGAGAAUCAGCACUAAGAGAGAAGACAAGCCUAAGAGGGCCUGUGCUGUUCUGAUGCGUGUUGUCAAAUCAUGGCAAGUGCAUACUUACCUGAAGGUUUUGUUAUAACCACACGGCUCGUUACUAAGAUGUACAAAUGUCCAUGUGUUUUGUGUGUAUAAUUGAUGGAUUUGUUCAAACUGUCUGGC